UCUACCACCCAAACAGGCCUGAAAAGGAGGCCGGAUUAUAGAGUAUAGAUCGAGUAAACAUAACAACUGUCACAGCUCCUGGAAGCAAGCUUGGCCGCGCGCGAGCUUCUGCACUAUAACUACCUUAGCAGGCGCUGGCGAGGACGCGUCGUUAGCCGGAGACAUGGGUGGCGCAACGGCAGACGCCAAGAAGGAUGGCCCGGCGAAGGCGGCGGUCGGGUCGUCCUUCAGGUCGGUGUUCAUGCACGCGGACGCGGUGGACGUGGUGCUGAUGGCGCUGGGCCUGGUGGGCGCCGUCGGCGACGGCCUGUCGAUGCCUGUGAUGCUUUUCAUCACCAGCCGCAUCUUCAAUGACCUCGGCGGCAGCGCGGCCGACCUCCUCCAGGAGUUCAGCUCCAAGAUCAACGAGAACGCGAGGAACCUCGUCUUCUUGGCGCUGGGCUGCUGGAUCAUGGCGUUCCUAGAGGGGUACUGCUGGGCGCGGACGGCGGAGCGGCAGGCGUCGCGGAUGCGCGCGCGGUACCUGGCGGCGGUGCUCCGGCAGGACGUGGAGUACUUCGACCUCAAGGUCGGCUCCACCGCCGAGGUGAUCGCCAGCGUCUCCAACGACAGCCUCGUCGUCCAGGACGUGCUGAGCGAGAAGGUCCCCAACUUCGUGAUGAACACCGCCAUGUUCCUGGGCGCCUACGCCGUCGGCUUCGCGCUCCUCUGGCGCCUCACGCUGGUGUCCCUCCCAUCCAUCCUGCUCCUCAUCAUCCCGGGAUUCACCUACGGCCGCAUCCUCAUCGGCCUCGCGCGCCGGAUCAGGGAGCAGUACUCCCGCCCCGGCGCCAUCGCCGAGCAGGCCGUGUCGUCGGUGCGCACCGUGUACUCGUUCGCGGCGGAGCGGGACACCCUGGCGCGGUUCUCGGCCGCGCUCGAGGAGUCGGCGAGGCUGGGCAUCAAGCAGGGCCUCGCCAAGGGCGUCGCCAUCGGCAGCAACGGCAUCACCUUCGCCAUCUGGGCAUUCAACGUGUGGUACGGCAGCCGCCUCGUCAUGUACCACGGCUACAAGGGCGGCACCGUCUUCGCCGUCUCCGCCGCCAUCGUCGUCGGAGGCCUGGCGCUGGGGUCGGGACUGUCCAACCUCAAGUACUUCUCGGAGGCGAGCGCGGCGGGAGAGAGGGUCCUGGAGGUGAUCCGGCGGGUGCCCAAGAUCGACUCCGCGAGCGAUGCCGGAGAGGAACUAGCCAACGUGGCCGGCGAUGUGGAAUUCAAGAACGUGGAGUUCUGCUACCCGUCGCGGCCGGAGAGCCCCAUCUUCACAAGUUUCAGCCUGCGCGUGCCGGCGGGGCGCACCGCGGCGCUGGUGGGAAGCAGCGGGUCCGGCAAGUCGACGGUGGUGGCGCUGCUGGAGAGGUUCUACGACCCGUCGGCGGGGGAGGUGGCGCUGGACGGCGUGGACAUCCGGCGGCUGCGGCUCAAGUGGCUGCGCGCGCAGAUGGGGCUGGUCAGCCAGGAGCCGGCGCUGUUCGCCACGUCGAUCAUGGAGAACAUACUGUUCGGCAAGGAGGACGCCACGCCGGAGGAGGUCACCGCCGCCGCCAAGGCCGCCAACGCGCACAACUUCAUCUCGCAGCUGCCCCAGGGCUACGACACGCAGGUGGGUGAGCGUGGUGUCCAAAUGUCUGGAGGACAGAAGCAGAGGAUUGCUAUUGCCAGAGCAAUUCUGAAGUCACCCAAGAUCCUCCUCCUUGAUGAAGCCACCAGCGCACUGGACACUGAGUCAGAACGUGUUGUACAGGAGGCGCUUGACCUGGCCUCCGUGGGCCGUACGACUAUUGUGGUUGCACAUCGCCUCUCCACCAUCCGCAAUGCUGACAUGAUUGCUGUCAUGCAAUACGGCGAGGUCAAGGAGCUGGGCUCCCAUGAUGAGCUCAUCGCCGAUGAGAAUGGCCUCUACUCGUCUCUUGUUCGCCUUCAGCAGACUAGAGAAUCAAAAGAGGCUGAUCAGGUCAGUGGAACUGGUAGUACUUCCGCUGUGGGGCAGUCCAGCAGCCACAGCAUGAGCAGGAGAUUCUCUGCGGUCAGCAGGUCAAGCUCGGCCCGGUCAUUAGGUGAUGCAGGUGAUGUUGGAAACUCUGAGGAGCCAAAGCUUCCUCUGCCAUCCUUCAGAAGGCUGCUUAUGCUCAAUGCACCAGAGUGGAGGCAGGCGCUUAUGGGAAGCUUGAGUGCAAUUGUGUUUGGAGGCAUCCAGCCUGCUUAUGCAUACGCUCUGGGAAGCAUGAUCUCAGUCUACUUCUUGACAGAUCAUGAUGAAAUCAGGGAUAAAACAAGGGCUUAUGCACUCAUCUUCGUCGCUCUUGCAGUGCUCUCAUUCUUGAUCAAUAUUGGACAGCACUACAACUUUGGUAUCAUGGGAGAAUACCUCACCAAGAGGGUCAGGGAACAGAUGCUCAAAAAAAUCCUCACUUUUGAGAUUGGUUGGUUCGACCGUGAUGAGAACUCCAGUGGUGCCAUAUGCUCACAGCUUGCCAAGGAAGCCAAUGUUGUGAGGUCUCUAGUGGGUGACCGAAUGGCGCUGGUGAUCCAGACAGUUUCUGCAGUGCUUAUUGCUUGCACCAUGGGUCUGGUCAUUGCCUGGCGCCUGGCCCUUGUCAUGAUAGCAGUGCAGCCUCUCAUCAUUGUCUGCUUUUAUGCUCGCCGUGUCUUACUCAAGAGCAUGUCUAAGAAAUCAAUACAGGCACAAUCUGAAAGUAGCAAGCUAGCUUCUGAGGCUGUCUCCAAUCUCCGUACCAUCACGGCCUUCUCGUCGCAGGGCCGCAUCUUAGGCCUCUUCAACCAAGCACAGAAUGGACCAAGAAAGGAAAGUAUCCGGCAGUCGUGGAUUGCGGGCCUUGGCCUCGGCACUUCCAUGAGCCUGAUGGUAUGCACAUGGGCGCUUGACUUCUGGUUUGGUGGCAGGCUCAUAGCUGAGCACCACAUUACUGCCAAGGCACUCUUCCAGACCUUCUUUAUUCUAGUAAGCACAGGGCGUGUGAUUGCUGAUGCAGGUGCCAUGACAACAGACCUAGCUAAGGGUGCUGAUGCAAUUGCUUCAGUGUUUGCUGUUCUUGACCGGGUAACAGAAAUUGACCCUGACAGCCCCGAGGGACACAAGCCAGAGAAGAUCAAAGGUGAGGUGGAGAUCAGAGGAGUCGACUUUGCAUACCCGUCAAGGCCAGAUGUGAUCAUCUUCAAAGGAUUCUCAUUAAGCAUUCAACCAGGCAAGUCCACAGCCCUGGUUGGGCAAAGUGGCUCAGGCAAGUCAACCAUUAUCGGGCUUAUAGAGCGGUUCUACGACCCACUUAGGGGAAUGGUAAAGAUUGAUGGAAGGGAUAUCAAAACAUAUAAUCUUCGAGCCCUGCGACAGCACAUUGGACUGGUCAGCCAGGAGCCAACUCUAUUUGCAGGCACGAUCAAGGAAAACAUUGUGUAUGGGACAGAAGCAGCAAGUGAGGCAGAAAUUGAGAAUGCAGCAAGGUCCGCCAAUGCACAUGACUUCAUCAGCAACCUCAAGGAUGGAUAUGACACAUCGUGUGGUGAGAGAGGUGUUCAGCUGUCAGGAGGGCAGAAGCAGCGCAUCGCAAUUGCCCGUGCCAUCCUGAAGAACCCAGCUAUCUUGCUACUGGAUGAGGCUACAAGUGCGCUGGACAGCCAGUCAGAGAAGGUGGUACAGGAGGCACUGGAGCGAGUGAUGGUCGGCAGGACAAGCGUGGUGGUGGCACACAGGCUCAGCACAAUCCAAAACUGUGACCUGAUCACUGUGCUGGACAGAGGAAUUGUUGUGGAGAAGGGCACACACUCAUCCCUCAUGUCAAAGGGUCUCUCCGGAACAUAUUAUAGCUUGGUUAGUAUGCAACAAGGAGGCAACCAGAACUGAGUAUUUGGAUGAGAAUAUAGCACUCGUUUUCAAAUUAGAACUGCAAGCAAGGACGAUGACCAGAUCACUGAAAUUUUCUGCAACAAUGGGUUAUUUUUCCUCCCGUUGUUCUGUCAGUACAAAGAAGCGUACCAAGCUUGUCGUUUUUUCAUGUAACUGCUGGAUAUGUAUUGUAGUGGUGCGAAGUU